AUGCCUGCAGCUGCAGCAAAGCCCGAGGAGACGGGCGAGUCCUCGACUUCCGCUGCCAAGAAGGCAUUGAUUGCAAAUGCAAACGGCACGCCAAAUUACGAGUUGCCAUGGGUCGAGAAAUACAGACCUGUUUUCCUUGACGACAUCGUAGGGAAUACAGAAACGAUCGAGCGACUGAAGAUUAUCGCGAAAGAUGGCAACAUGCCUCAUGUCAUCAUCUCAGGCAUGCCGGGUAUCGGAAAGACAACCAGUGUGCUCUGUCUCGCACGACAACUGCUAGGGGAUUCAUACAAGGAGGCUGUUCUGGAGCUAAACGCCAGUGAUGAACGAGGUAUCGAUGUUGUGCGAAACAGAAUCAAGGGCUUCGCACAGAAGAAGGUCACCCUGCCCGCUGGACGACACAAGAUUGUCAUUCUCGACGAAGCCGACAGCAUGACCUCUGGCGCACAACAGGCACUUCGAAGGACUAUGGAGAUCUACUCGAAUACCACCCGCUUUGCGUUCGCCUGCAACCAGUCGAACAAGAUCAUUGAGCCUCUGCAGUCUCGUUGCGCUAUCCUCCGAUAUGCACGACUGACUGACGCACAGGUGGUCAAGAGAUUGAUGCAGAUUAUCGAAGCGGAGGACGUCAAAUACAGCGACGACGGUCUUGCGGCGCUUGUAUUCAGCGCCGAGGGUGACAUGCGUCAAGCCAUCAACAACUUGCAGUCUACGUAUGCGGGUUUCGGCUUUGUGUCCGGGGAUAAUGUGUUCAAGGUCGUCGACUCGCCACACCCUAUCAAGGUUCAGGCGAUGCUCAAGGCGUGCUUUGAAGGCAAUGUCGACUCCGCCCUAGAUUCUCUUCGAGAGCUGUGGGAUCUUGGCUACUCUAGCCACGAUAUCAUCAGCACCAUGUUCAAGGUCACCAAGACUAUUCCGACCUUGAGCGAGCACGCCAAGCUUGAGUUCAUCAAGGAGAUUGGUUUCACACAUAUGAAAAUUCUAGAGGGCGUGCAAACUUUGCUACAGCUGAGUGGGUGCGUGGUCAGGCUAUGUCGGCUGAAUAUGGACCCCAAGAAGUUCCAACUGCCCAAAAAAUGA